UUUUUUAUCUUUGAAGGGAUUUUUGAGUUAAACGAAAGUCACCUUGAACUAACAAUAUGCCCAAGACAUCGAGACAAAUUUGGCAUUAGAUGGCGUUCAAGUAAGAGGAUAUGCACUGCUCCCAGUGAAUGGUCAUCGCAUGGAACUUUAGUGUCAGGGGAGAGAGGAAUAUCGUCUCUACAUUCCAAGCUACUCUACCAGCAAACCCAAGUGUUGCUUCCUGUAGGCUCCCGUGAGUGUUAAACCUGUAGUGAUAUUUUACAACAUUGCCGGGUUUAGAGCGUAAAAAAAUGGCAGUUUCAAUUUCCUCCACUGCCAUUUUUUGUUUUUUUUAAAUUCAUAAUCGGAUAUACCCCCGCCCCCUAAAGUCUUUAAAUCAAGAAACGUGUUACCGAACAGUUUCAACACAUAGCUGCAAUAUUUCAAAAACUAAGAGCAUCAUGAGCAAAAACAGAAGCUAUAAGAGUUUGGCACAGAUUUUCUGAGUAAUGUUCUGCAAUCCAUUAUUUUUUCCAGAAAUCUGCAAGCAAUGCAGGAGAAAGUUGGAAGAAGCAUCACAGUUAUUAGUAUUUCCCAGCUCAGAAUCGACCACAGAAGCUUUAGGAUCUAACGUAGACAAACCGGAAGAGCGGAUAUCACAAAAUAUCGCACAGGUAGAUAGAGCUAUAUUGUAUAGCUAUGGCAUGAACAUAACAGAUUAUAACCUUGUCCGAGUGGCUUUUAAUAGUUUAGUGAGGUUCAGCAAAAGGCGAGUUUUCCUCCCCUUCCCUUUUGAUGACCCCAGCCUCCUUGCAUACUACUCCUUUAUAUCAUGUAUUGAUGCGAGAACACUUACAUAUCAUUGCAGUGGUGAUAUGUACGCCGUUAAAAAAAGUCAUUCGCUCUACAGCGGCGACAUCGAGUUUAUAUAUUUUUCUGCGCUAACUAGUUCAUUUUCCUUUCUAACGCGUACAGAGAGAAGAUGUGGAGAGUGAAGAAGUUGAAGACAACGUUAGCCAGUCAAUGCACCAGCUGACCUUAAGAGACGAAUACUCUCAUCCACAGCUUGACGAAUCAGGACACUACUCCGAGAUCGACACUAGCCUGUAUCAAACGGACUCUCAAGCGAGCAGCAGCAGCGAGAGUUCUAACGGCGAUGAUCCACAAAUUAGUAGUCAAGUAACAAGACGUUCUCUGUUGAACGAUUUCUUACGUUCAUGUAACGCUCAUACAGUCGGGUCAUACAAAAAGCGAUGGGAGGCAGCCAGCGAACGUACUAGAGCAAGCCAUGUGUCAAAGGCGAAGUCAGUUAUUGUUUCUGGCCUUAACGUUAUUGCUCCAGGAGACGCAGGCUACCUCUGGGAGGCCGUGAAAAAAUCUGGCUCAGUCGAGAAGGUACUUGGCAUCGGUGAACGACAAGAAGACCGAAAAUAUCUAAAGGCACUGGCGGAGUCUUACCAAAACGCAUCUACCUGGGAAACAAGGCGUCAGAUAUUAUCAAUCAUGGCAGACCUGAUAACGUUUAAGCGUAUCCUAAACUACAUUCCAGGGAUCACCAAAUACCGGUUCAAAAUGGCAAGACAGCACUCUCUUCAAUAUGGGCGGGGUGCCUUGCCAGCCCGAGCAAAAAGUCCUAGGAUGAGAGUAGAAAAUAAACAGUUGGAUCACUUUUUGACUUACAUAACUAGCCCGCACGUGAUCCAGGAUCUUCCUUUUGGGCAGCGAUAUCUCCGCCUAUCUUCUGGAAAGAUACUAGAAACCCCAAAUGUCAUUAGGGCGAUGAUCCCUAACAGGCUAGUAAAGCAGUACCAGGCUUAUUGCGAGGAGACGAAUUUCACUCCAUUCAGCCCAACAACGAUGUUAAGAGUCCUGUCUGCCUGCGGGGCGACCGUAAGGAAGUCCUUGCAAGGGCUCGACUACAUUGCUUCGGAUGGCGCGAAAGGGUUUGAAGCUUUGUGUGGAAUAGUGGACCAACUUAAAGAGAGAGGUCUGGACAGAGAGACUGCCAAAAAAUGGAAAGUGUCUCUGAGGGAAGGCAAGCAGUAUCUGAAGGCUGAUUAUAAGGUAUCAGAUACGGUUUAAAACAUGGUUAACUGAAAGUAAACCGGAAUAUAUAACGAACUGCCACGAGACUGGCAAAAUGGCAAAAUCUGUUAACUUUGUCGUGAGGGCUUAAUUAAAUCCGGUGGGUUCUUUUCCAAACUAAUUAUACAAUUGUUGGGCAAGAGAACACCGUUCUCUAUACUGGCGACCGUCUUCGCCUUGCUAGGUGUGUACUUUAUUCUGCCAAAGAUUCAUAUUUUCUAAUUGCUUUAACCAAACUUGGCAAAAAUAUUGCGCGUACAAUAGAUGAAAGCUCAGAAACUUCAAACGGUCACUAAAUUUACUACUUUGUCUUUUUUGAAGGUUCAUGUAUCCGAGUCCUCCUCGGUUGCAGACCAUUGCAGCGGAUACGCUCUCAGCGAUAGUAAGGACGAUGAACUAAGAUCCCAAUGCUCUCAUAAUCAUGACAUUCAGUGUUCACAGUGUGAAAGUCUCAGUAAUGUUCUUUUUUCAAUUAAAACAUUCUUGACUGAGUCAACGUUUGUACCUGAAGAACUAGAAGACGUCUUGUACACGCAUAGUCAUGCAGUCCAGGCAAUCCACUCCUGGAAAGCACAUCAACUCAGGUGUGUCAGGCAAGAUACAGCAAGGACGGCGUGCUUGAGCGCUUUAGAUGAGACCUCUGUACUCAUAACACAAGAUUGGGCUAUGAAGUUUUUACCGCUCAAAUAUAGAGAAAACCAAUCAGAUUGGUACGGGAAACGAGGAAUAUCGUGGCAUAUAAGUGUCAUCGCAAGAAAAAUGAGAGGGCUUUUAGAAAGUCAGUCCUUCGUCCACAUAGUUGAGAAUACAUCACAAGACAGCUCAGUUGUAGUGCGAAUUAUUGAGCACACCUUAAGGUCGCUGAAAGAGGAGAAUCCUAGAAUCAACAGAGCAUUUCUACGGCAAGAUAACGCGGGAUGUUAUCACAGUUCUGCUGUAAUAGCAUCAUGCACCCUAAUGAAGGCAAACACUGGGAUAGACGUUUGCAGAGUAGAUUUCAGUGACCCUCAAGGAGGCAAGGGGGCUUGUGACCGAAAAGCCGCGACUAUCAAGGCCCAUGUCCGCAGGUAUGUAAAUGAGGGCCACGACGUGCAAAAUGCUGAACAGCUUCAGACAGCUAUCCUGUCUAAUGGAGGUGUCACCGGGGUUCGCGUUACUGUUGUUAAUGCUGCCGUUUCCGCCUGUGAACUGCCUCAAGUAAAACUCGAUGGUAUCAGCACAUUAAACAACUUUGAGUACUGCAAAGACAAGUUGACAGUUUGGAGAGCUUUCAACGUCGGAAAUGGAAGGGAGAUCAGCCAAACGAAAGUUCAAGGUAAAAAAAAUAUACGGGCAUAGUGAUAUAUAAAUGUACUGUAUUGGAGUGUUGCAAAUACUCACUGACUUAGUCAGCUAAUAAUUACGGAUAACGGGCAAUAUUAACAGAGUAUAAGAGAGUCUAUACUAAUGGCUACUAUAGACAACUCAGUCAGUUGUGUACAUGAUAAAUUAACAAACCUUUAAAAGACGCGAAAAACGUUUCAUCUGAAAUUAAAAAAGACUUCCAUUUCAAUGUUCGCUUUUUUAGUUGCUGAUGUCUUACAAAGCUGCAAAUUUACUUGCCGAUUUUCCCCUGGUGACUUUGUAAAAGCAUCCAAGGAAGCCUCAAAGAAACCAAGACCCAAUGAAACGAUGGCAGUAGAAGAAACGAAAGACUCUUGUGUCUUGUUCUCCUGCCCAAAUGAAGGUUGCAUCAAGGUAUACGAGAGAUACUCGAGUCUCGAAAGGCAUAUGUCGUUUGGCAAAUGCGAGUUGAUUCCGGAGAAAGAGACUUUGUUGGACAGGGCUAAAUUAACGUACCACGCUAUCCUUCAGGACGAUAUUGGCAUUGCAAAAGUAUUUGAAGGAAGGGAAACGGAGAAGAAGCACGGUGUCAGUUUACCUGAGGGUUGGGCAUUGAAAACUGCAAAGAAGUCGUCACGGUUUAACGAAUCACAAAGAAAGUACCUGGAGGAAAAAUUUGAGCUUGGACAGCAAACAGGCCACAAACAAAACCCUGAGAAAGUGGCGAGAGAUAUGCGUUUUGCGAAAAAAACAGAUGGUUCGAGGCUGUUUUCGAGUGAUGAGUUUCUUACCUCGCAGCAGAUACAGUCUUUCUUUUCAAGAUUAUCGUGCAAGUUGCGUCACGCUGUAGAGGUUAGCGACUCAGAUUUACAAGCUUCUCAGGAUGAACAAGAGUUUUGCGACACCCGCCAGGCUGUGUUAGAGGAAGUACAGCUAGAACAUCCCAUCGCUUAUGACAACCUAAACCUUUGCGAAUUGACCAAGAAAGGUAACAUGAAAACACUCAGCAUUGCAAUGCUGAAGAACAUAUGCGAGUAUUUUGAUAUCUGCACGGAAGAAUUUAACCCAAGGCGCAAGGCAGAGUACCUUGCCGCGUUAGGGGAUCUAGUAAAAGGGUGCGGCUGUAACGCCUAA